GCGACUUUGAACCUCGUCUUUAUUAGUGUUUUCCACACGCCUUCACCACUGCUUUAUAAAUACUCCUCUCUAGCCGACUUUCUCAUUCAACAAAAAACAAUUCUUCCAAGCCUUCUAUUUUUUUCAUCUCUCCCUCUCAACUAAUUCUUUAAAACAUUUUUCAAUUCAUCACAAUUACUCUAAUUCUUACAGAAAAUGGUCGAUCUUGAUUGGAAAUCAACAAAAAUGGUAUCAUCAGCAAACAAAUCACCGAAGAUCUCAGCAAAUACUAAAUCGGUUCAGUUCUCUGUUCCACCACCUAUUCGAAUUAGCGAUAUAUCACCGGCUUCGUCUUCUUCGUGCUCCGCUUACGAGCAGUACAUUCGAUAUUCCGAACUUUCUAAACUCCAGACCUGUAAAGAUUUCCCAAACUGGAAAAACGAAUCGAUUCUUAAACCAGCUCUGCAAGGAUUAGAAAUCAGUUUCAGGUUUAUAUCUAUCGUUCUCUCCGAUCCAAGACCUUACGCGAAUCAUCGUGAGUGGAAAAGGAGACUUGAAUCAUUAACAACUCACCAGAUUGAACUCAUCGCCAUCCUCUGCGAAGACGGAGAAAAUGAUUCUGAAUCACGAGGUACUGCUCCGAUUGUUGAUCUCAGUACAUCUAAUGGGAUGUUGGCAAGAGAUGGAAGUAUGGCUGAGGUUUGGAAAUUACCUGGUGAAAGUGAAACUCAUGUUGUGAACAAAACAAGCGAAGCGAGUUUGUUGCCUCGGUUAGCUACAUGGAAGAAAUCUGAAGAUAUUGCGUCCAAGAUUAUGUUUUCGAUUGAAUGCGAAAUGAGGAGGUGUUCAUUCACAUUAGGUUUAGGGGAACCUAACCUUUCAGGUAAACCAAAUUUGAAUUACGAUCGCAUCUGCAAACCCUCUGAACUACAUUCUUUAAAAACCAGCAGUUUCGAGCAGUCGAAGCUUAAUAACUAUGAGAAUCAGACACUUGUGACGAUUCAUCAGAUUUUGGAAUCAUGGAUACAAGCAUCGAAAGGAAUUCUUAAGCGUAUCGGAGCUAGAAUCGAAGAUCAAGAUUAUGAUCAAGCUUCCAGUGAUUGCUGGUUAUUAGAACGGAUAUGGAAAUUAUUAGCCGAUAUCGAAGAUCUUCAUGUGUUGAUGGAUCCUGAUGAUUUUUUAAGAUUGAAGAAUCAGUUGUCGAUCAAAGCGAGUUCGGAAUCGGAAGCGUUCUGUUUCAGAUCGAAAGGAUUGAUUGAUAUUACUAAACUAUCGAAAGAUUUGAAACAUAAAGUUCCGGCGAUUUUGGGCGUUGAAGUUGAUCCAAAAGGAGGACCGAGAAUUCAAGAAGCGGUGAUGAAAUUGUAUCAUAGCCAUAAGAAAAGUGAUUCCGGUAAAAUUCAUUUACUUCAAGCUUUACAAGCGAUUGAAUCGGGGUUGAAACGGUUCUUCUUUUCGUACCGGCAGUUGAUUAUGACCGUUAUGGGGAGUUUAGAAGCGAGAGGAAACCGCUGUCUUAAUUUGACUGAAUCGGCUGAUUCACUCUCUCAGAUUUUCUUAGAACCUACUUAUUUCCCGAGUUUGGAUGCGGCCAAAACCUUUCUGGGUGAUUUCUGGCAGUAUGAACAUGGAGUCAUGAGAACAACUCGGCCUUGAGCGAUUCAUUUGAUUGAAUGUUGGAAUGGGUUCCAACAGCAAGAAGAAGAAAAAGAAAAAACAUCCUAUAAAUAUUUGUUAAACCUUGAUUAUUUAUAAUUUUGUUCCUGAGUUUGCUGUAACAUCUAAAAUAUUAGAUUAGAUAGAAACACAUUGAUAUUUGAUUUUGUUGUUGUAUAAUUAAUUAGUUAAAUGAUAAACAUUGUUAUUCAAAUUAA